AUGGAGAUUCGUUGCUGCUUUUGUUGUGAGGACUAUCGAAUAGUGAUAGAGGACGAGUACUCGGGAACACCGGGCAGUGAGUACACGUGUUGUCAGGGCACUGUUCACAUAAAGACAGCCACAAUGUACGUGGGCAUUUCCGCGUUGAUCCUCUCGGCUUUCUCGACGAUUUGCAUGUUUUUCGGGAUCUAUUCAGUCAAUCUCUGGUUGGAUAUCAUUCUGAUCGUUGUGAACACAGUGGUCGCCAUUCUAUUAUUGAUUGGGAUUUAUUAUGAGAAAGCAUGGAUGAUGAUUCCGUUUAUUAUUACUGAGAACGUCGACCUUGACGUUGAGGUUGACGUUGACAUUGACGUUGACGUUAACGUCGACCUUGACGUUGAGGUUGACAUUGACGUUGACUUUAACAUCGACCUUGACGUUGACGUUGACGUUGACGUUGAUGUUGGCGUUGACGUUGAUGUUGACGUUGAUGUUGACGUUGAUAUUGACGUUGACGUUGAUGUUGACGUUGAGGUUGACGUUGACGUCGACCUUGACGUUGACGUUGUUGACGAUGAAUUGCAA